AUGCUCAGCUUGAAUGAGGCCAAAGCCGGCGUAGGAGAUUGGAAGAAUAUCCAGCCGGUCGUAAGGUCGGCCUUUAUUGAGCUUUAUGGGCUUGUAGAGAAGCAAUCCACUGAACUGCACGAACUGAAGACUCGGUUAGCGCAACAGGAAAGGGCAGCAGAAAGGGCAAUCGAAGCCGCUGAGCGGCGCGAUCCCCGUUUUGAUGAUCUUGACGCUAAGAUUCGCGAAGCUCGGGCAGAGAUUUUAAGCAUCAAGACGGAGUGUUCUGAAAUGGUCAAGGCCAAGGCCGAAAGCCAGCUUACACACAUUAUACAUAUGCUCAGCACAAAGCUGGAUGUGGAAGAGUACAAUGGCGCAUCGGCAAAGUUUGCAACGAGGGAUCUACUCGACUUGAUAGCCCGUCGGCUAGACACAGAGUUCGACGAAGUUCGGCGCCAAGCAGAUGCACUGGCUUCCUCUCUUCGUAGAGACAUAGAUGAAAGACUGGCAGACUACGUGUCGCAGAGCAAUUUUGACUCAAUAGUUUCUUCUCUGAGGACGCAGCAUCCACAGUUCGAGAUUGUCACUACCCUUAUGAAUGAUCGUCUCAAAGAGAUUGCAACAACCUCUGUGACACCUGAACAGCUGCAAACAGCACUACAAAUUCAAAGUGAGGCACUUCAAACUACAAAACGCAGCCUCGAGCUCUCGAUUGAUAAUGUGGCCGAACACUGCGGAGACUUCACCCUGAAAUUAAAUAGCCAUGCAGAUAAGCUUGCGAAUGUACGGGCAGCUAUUACCGAUGAUCUCAAUGCACUUCAUGCCAAGCUUCUAGAUACCGAGAACCGAGUCUAUGCAAAAUUCCCGCACAUCACGCAGCACGUAGAGGAGCUUCAAGAGCGGCUGGCUUCUAUUGAGAACCUGUCACAGAACUUCAAACAGGACCGAUUUGACGCCUUAGUGAAGGCCAGUAUAGAUACCCAGUUAGACAAAACAAUAUCAAGGCUUAUUAAGCACGAAUUUAACCAGUAUCACGCACAGUUUGAUAAUACUCUUAAGGAGAACACGGCCCAUGUCAAGGAUAAGCUUGCAAAGUCAGUUGCGAAGACCAUUGUGAAGGAAGGAGCCAAGUCACAGAUGGAGUUUGAAGAGCGGUUCAUAGACCUUGAGAAGCUCCUUGUUGACACGCGGUUAUGGUUCCAGUCUCAGCUAAAGGAGGAGCUGGUAGCGUUGUCUGACUAUAUGGAAGAAAGUAACUUGAAACUGAUAUCCAAGCUUAACACAUUGGACUCCAUCAUUCAUUCCAGUGAUGCAGUGCUUUCGCUGCCCACUGCGCGGUGGCUAUGGAAAGGGAAGCGGUACUCCAGUGUAGGAGGCAUAGUGUGGAGUACUGAGGUAUGCAACACAUUACAGAGCAACUUCAUUUGGGACACCGGAAAACCAACAAUCUUAGUGUGUCUAGCAGGCUGCUACCGGGUGGACUUCGUAAUAUUUGGCAAACAGCGUCCCACGGUGCAGCUGCACGUAAACGGGGAGCCCAUUAUAUGUGCCAUGAGCGGAGAUGUUGCCCCCUAUAUGUACAUAAAGCCUAAGAACCAGGCGCAGAACACUUAUGUGGGCCAGAGCCUGACGGACUAUAUUUACUUGAGCGAGAACAGCAAGCUGCAGCUGAUAGUAACCAGCGAUCACGACAAAAGUUGCGUGAGCGGGUACUUGAGUCUGCAGAAGAUAUGGUAG